GGAUGUAAACAAAGAAGCAUGAGUUGAGUUUGCUUCACUGCUGUGUGGACUGAGCUAUAAAACGGCUGUAUUAUAGUAUGAAUGAGAAAUAUCAGAGCGAUAAAGUAACGAUGUGUUCAGUUGAGUAUCUGAGAGAGUUGAUCAGCGACAGACUAGCUGCUGCUGCUGGAGAAAUAUUCUCAGUUUGAAAAAACCAUCGUCCAGUACCAGGAGGAGAUCGAUCGUCAGCGCAGACUGCUGGAUGUCAUCUGGAAACCACACAUCCCCUUACAGCCCAUAGAGCUCCCACAGUCUUAUGUCUGUGAGAAUGAGAAGACUGUUGUUGACCAUCAGCCCCAUGACCAGGAGAGAAACUCCAUGGUGGACCAUGAGGACCCAGAGCCUCCACGGAUUACAGAUCAGCAGGAGGAAUUCUGCACCAGUCAGGACCAAUCAAACCCAGAGAUUUCUCAAAUUAAAAUGGAACAGGAAGAAUUGUGCACCAGUCUGGACCAAUUAAACCCAGGGUUACCACAAAUUAAAGUGGAACAGGAUGAACUCUGCUCCAGUCAGGAGGAAGAGUUAAUUGGAUUGAAACAGGAGACUGAUACCUUUGAGGUGACUCCUGCUGAUGAGGAAAGUGACCACAGUGAACCAAAACCAAACAGUGAUCAGCUCCUGUUUCACAUCUCUUGUGUAGCUGAGAGCCCAGAUCAGGAAGGAUGCAAGGAUGUAGACUCAGGAUCAACUAGAUGUAUCGAGCUGAAACCAAGACAUCAGAGUAACAACAGUCACAGUAAUGAUGUAGACAAUGCUCCAACAUCAGCGAGACAGUGUGAUAAUGACAAGGCAACAAAAUCUGCAACUUGCAAAGUCUGUGGAAAAGCUUUUAGUUGUAAAUCAGAUUUAAUCAAACAUCACAAAACCCACACAGGUGAGAAGCCAUAUUCUUGUGAAACCUGUGGAAAAAGCUUCAGUCAACGGGUCCAUUUGACUGUUCACAUGAGAUGUCACACAGGUGAGAAGCCGUAUGUUUGUGGAACCUGUGAAAAAAGCUUUAGUCAACGGACCUCUUUGACUGACCACAUGAGACUUCACACAGGUGAGAAGCCAUAUUCUUGUGGAACCUGUGGAAAAAGCUUCAGUAAACGGGUCCAUUUGACUGUUCACAUGAGAUGUCACACAGGUGAGAAGCCGUAUGUUUGUGGAACCUGUGAAAAAAGCUUUAGUCAACGGACCUCUUUGACUGACCACAUGAGAUGUCACACAGGUGAGAAGCCAUAUUCUUGUGGAACCUGUGAAAAAAGCUUUAGUCAACGGACCUCUUUGACUGACCACAUGAGACUUCACACAGGUGAGAAGCCAUAUUCUUGUGGAACCUGUGAAAAAAGCUUUAGUCAACGGACCUCUUUGACUGAACACAUGAGACGUCACACAGGUGAGAAACCAUAUGUUUGUCACAUUUGUGGAAAAAGAUUUUCUGGUUCAUCAGCACAUAAUAGGCACAUGGCAGUUCACAAAAUGGGAAAACCAUAUUCUUGUGGAACCUGUGGUAAAAGCUUUAGUCGACAGGACCAUUUGACUGUCCACUUGAGACGUCACACAGGUGAGAAGCCAUAUUCUUGUGGAACCUGUGGAAAAAGCUUUAAAUAUAGUUAUCAAUUAAAAGCCCACAUGAGAAUCCACACAGCUGAGAAGUCCUGAUCCUGAAACAUCUGUGGAAAACAUAAUGUCAGAACUAAGGUUGAAACAACAUGUAAGAGUUGGUA